UUAAAUUAAAUAAAUCAUUCCACAACAAUAAACAGUGAAAGGUGAAAUAAAAAAACCGAAAACUGAAAACAUUUAAUAAACAUUAAUUGCAAAAUCAAAAAUUGAACAUUGAAAAACACAUAAACAGAGAAAACAGUGAAACAAGUAGUGGCGAACAAAAACAAAGUGCUAAGAAGAACAUAAAUUCGCAAACAAAAAGAAAAAAAUUGUUAUAGUGGUGCAAAAUAACAGCAACCAUCUUCCACCGCAUCAGCUACCAUCGUCCAGCGCAGCAGCCAGCCACCGAAGCACCUGUUGAGACAGCUGUAGCGGAGCACCACCAGCAACCGAAACAACAACAACAACAGGCAGACGAAAACUUGGGCGCAGUAGCGACGGAAGGUACCGCAUAGCAGCAGGCCAGUCACCGGUACAGUAAACCACCACACGAAAAAAAAGAGUUUGUACAUAGGAAUGCCAAAGACAAGUGAAGCAUCCAUGGAGCUCAGCAAAUGUCGCCUUUGUUGCCGCCCCCAUUCAUUGCGCUACUGUAAAGCUUUUCUCGCCAUGACGCCGGCUGAAAGGCAUGAGUCAGCCCGAGUCCAUAAAUAUUGUGUAAACUGCCUGGCUACCUCCCAUGUCACCGGUGCCUGUGACUCUCCAGCCAGCUGUCAUCAGUGUGGUAGGGCGCACCACACGCUGCUACAUCGAACGCUGGCGAAGUCGUCAACGAUCCGACGUAGGGAGAGGACUCGCUAUGCUAGCCGUCGGACAAUUCGGCGUACUCGAGGUCUGCAAAGUCCCACCGCUGCCCGGAGUCGUAAAAUGCGUGAGCUGCUCAAUAAAGCGCAAGACAUCAUCAACCAGCUGAAGGAGCUAGUAUCCGCUUCUACGCGGCCGGCCGGGCGUGAUGUCGAAGACAUGGAUGAUGAUGAAUAAUUAGCUAACCUUUAUCUUAUAAAUAUAUUUGAAAUGUAAUAGAAUUACUUAUAAUGAAUUUACAUGAAGAAUUAGUCACCCUUUACUUUAUAUACAUAUUUGAAAUGUAAUAGAAUUACUUAAUUCGAAACUGAACAUACUCACUAUCCUUA